GGCGUUUCCUCGCAGCUCUUCCCCCGGCCGCGCCCCGAAGGCCCGAGCAUGCAGGCCGGGAGGCGGGUGGUGGUGCACGUCUGCAGGGAGGGCGGCCGCCCGCAGCGCGCCCGCUUCGAGCAGAGCAUCGUCGGCCACUGUUGCCCACCCCGCGGAGACAGCGGAGCCGUGCACUGCGGCCUGAGGCCCCUCCAGUUCCUCGUUUCCGACCGGGAGUUUCCUGGCUCCAGCCGACUCCUCCUGAAGCGGCCUCCCUUCUGCCCCAUCAAGCACUUGACUGUGGCUCAAACGGCCUCCCUCCCUGCAGAGACCCGGCACCGAGGUGUGGACGUCGGGGUGGCUGUCCUCCUGGAGUCGCCCGGCCGAAAGGUUUUGUUGACACGCCGGGCGAGGACACUCAGCAUCUUCCCCAACGUUUGGGUGCCUCCUGGAGGCCACAUUGAACUGGAGGAACAGUUGCUGGACGCAGGGUUGAGGGAGCUGCGGGAAGAGACCGGCUUGCGGCUGCAGGAUGGGGAGUUCACGUGGCAUCCACUGGCCCUGUGGGAGUCUGUGUACCCCCCCAGGCUAGGCCAAGGCUUGCCCCAGCUCCAUCACAUCGUGAUCUACCUCCGCUUGGUUUUGCACGAGAGCCACCAGCAGCUCCAGGCAAGGUUUAAGCCCAAUGAAGCCGAGGUCGCAGCUUUCGCUUGGCUGGACCCCCCCACCCUGGCAUCAAUUGCGGCUACAGAGGACGGGGCAGAAGGUGAGGCCAUGGGGGUGAGCGGUGACGUUCCAGCAACUGUGAGCAUCACUGAACUGAAGAAGGGCUCAGCCAAGACGGUUGUGAUUCCCACCAGCACGUUCCUGGCCACUGCGCCGGCACAAGGGGAGGACGUGGAGCGUGUCAGCACCGGGACCAAGUACGCCCUCCGGCAGUGGCUGAAGUCUUGGGCUGCCUGAGCUAAGCAAGCAGCUGAGGAUACUCAAAGAGCUGGAAAGCAGGACGAUCCAUCUGGUGGGACUCAAGAGUUACCUCUGCAUCUCAAGUUACUUGGCAGACAUUUGGCUCUCGACACUCCCUGAAUUUUUUUUGGCUUUUGUUUUUGGGACUCUGGAGACCUGUAUUCCAGUCAUUGUUCAGCUGCCAAGAGAUAACAGUUCUUAUUUA